AUGGUGCAUCCCAACCAACUUGAACCCAUCCUCAACUUGGACGUUUUCUCGAAUAUUCUUGCUUACAUCUCUUGCCGGCGGACGAUUCAACUGAUUUUGGAAGCGUUUCCGAUAACAAAUCCGCUUUUUUCGGCCGUGCUUAUCCGACGAUUCGAGUUGCCCCUGUACGUGGACACCUAUAGCAAGGAGGCCACAAAGUCUUCCAGGGAGCUAUUGGAGUGCUUCCUCCACAAGAACUCUGACCGGUUUCCCUCUGUUCGCCACCUCUCCAUUGCAUUCGAGGCGGAGUCGGACAACGUGAAUCUCUCAAUGGCGGACGACUUUACGGUCGAUGCCUGGUCCAUUCACGAGACUUUGCCAGGUCUAGUGCGGGCAUCUUCUCGUCUUCACACCUUGAAUUAUUUCAGCUUCCCGGGUCUUGCAUUAAACCCGGCCGUCAUUCGCAGCCUAACUGAUCUAAACUGUCUCCAAACGGUUACCAUCGACUGCUCGCUCUCUUCGAGCAUGGACAAUGGCUCCGGGGGCAGACAUUAUGCGUGGCAAGGAGAGCUCGCCUCAGAAUACGACGGUGAGAUAUGGGACUUAGGGCCAUUCGCCUCGACGGUAGGGCGAAGGCUUACCACGUUAGAGCUGCGUCAUGUGAACCUCACCUUCUACAAGACGAUGGUCGCACAAUACGAUACGUUUUCGACAUAUCAUCGGUUAAAACACUUGAAGAUGGAUAUAACGGCUGGCGUAUGGGACUGGCGUGGCGGUGGCCCGCCAGUGCAAGGCGCUUCCCCAGACUUCAGGUUUCAGCAUCUUGGCUUUCCCGCUGUAACGACGUUGGAGCUAGAUGUGGGCGACUUGACUCUCUCCCGAGCCACUUAUGGACCGUUGAAGAUGGUUUCUUGUGAUAAGUUGACGGAACUGAGAAUCCUCGUUAGAUAUAGUUUGCCCUUUGACGGCCAAACUGCAGUAUGGCAUGUAAUUGGACUCUUCGAAACUUUGACACCACAGAUGAUCCCAGCUCUCCGCCUCCUCGAGAUCAAAGACAACGCUUGGAACGAACGCUACUAUUGGAAUGACGCAUCAACUUCGCGUCGUGGACGGGGUUCCGAGCAAGUGUUUCGCAAGCCCGGUCGCGAAUAUCCUGGCAUUGUCUCGGGUUUCCUUUCGGGCGCUCAAACUGGGGAUUUGGCCAACCUCACACAUUUAUGGGUGGACGAACGAGUCCUGUGUCAGCCUGGACGAACUGUCCCCGACGUUUUCACCUCCACUGCCCCGAACGACAUUGCUUGGGUUUCCGCGCUGGAAACGGCUUUUCGUCGACUGAGUAGUGUGCGGGUCGGGUUUGGUCCAUUGCAAGACGAGUCCAUCAAGCUUGUCACUGGGCUCUGCGACCCCGCGAAGCUCGUCGAAUUCGGGUUCGAGUGGAAUUGGGAGGCAUUUGAGCGAAACGCUAGCCUGUCGCCGAAACUGCUUACUUGCUUGUCAACCUUCCCCCAUCUUAAGUCUGUCCACUUCCUCUUCCCCCGACCGAUCGUCUACGACAAGAAACGACCCGCGCUCCCAUACCCACCAGAAAAUCCACACACUCUCGCCGACGUUGCUGCCAUAUUCGAGACCAACCUCAAUGUCGCCCGCGUUGGCGUGGGGAACUCGAUACUCUGGGAACGUUACUUGCCAAGCCCACUUCUGGUUAGUGAUGGCAAGAAUGGUCCAGAGUUUAGUGUGCCGCGAUUCUUCAAGGCGGGGUACCAGUUCUGCAAGGAGCAGGCAAAUGCAGAUAACUACGAGCCACUUCGCCCGGAAUACACAGAGGAAAUCGGACAGUUGCGAGACAUUCUGAAGCGCGUUCUGGUUUGA